AUGACUGGAGCACACGACAUUCGAGCAGAGCUCCAACUUGCCUGGCCCCAGGGACGCCCUCCCCCGUCUUUGUAUUUGUCUUCGUCUUCGUCAUCUUCGUCGUCGUCGUCAUCGUCGUCGUCGUCGUGUCGGCGUCAGGGUACAACGGCAGGGGUCACAUCUCCAUCUACAGAAAGUUUCGCAGCCGCAGCGCCGGAUGCUUUGGCAGCUCGGUCCGGUUCGGCAUGUCCUGGAGGCCCACGGCGUACUUGGCACCGAGUACCGAGUACUUGCACCGACUGCGGAGUAGACGCUUGGAUGAGGCUUGAUGGAGAGAGCGUCUAG